AUGGCGGGUGAUUCUCAGCAGAAUUGGGUAGUGAUGGUUACGGCUCAGACUCCCACCAACAUUGCUGUCAUCAAGUAUUGGGGUAAGCGAGAUGAAACCCUAAUCUUACCUGUCAAUGAUAGUAUCAGCGUCACUCUUGAUCCCACUCACCUUUGCACAACCACCACGGUUUCUGUUAGUCCCUCCUUUCAACAGGAUCGUAUGUGGCUCAACGGAAAGGAGAUUUCUCUUUCUGGGGGAAGAUUCCAGAGUUGUUUAAGGGAGAUUCGUGCCCGCGCUUGUGAUGUUGAGGAUGAUAAAAAGGGUGUUAAGAUCAGUAAAGAGGAUUGGAGCAAAUUUCAUGUACAUAUUGCUUCCUACAACAACUUCCCCACUGCGGCCGGAUUGGCUUCAUCAGCUGCGGGUUUUGCUUGUCUUGUUUAUGCCCUUGGGAAGCUAAUGAAUGUCAAAGAAGAUGAAAGCCAGCUAUCUGCUAUUGCAAGGCAAGGAUCAGGCAGUGCUUGUCGCAGCUUAUUUGGGGGAUUUGUCAAGUGGAUAAUGGGAAAAGAGAAGAAUGGAAGUGAUAGUCUUGCAGUUCAACUUGCUGAUGAAAAGCAUUGGGAUGAACUUGUUAUUGUUAUUGCCGUGGUUAGCUCUCGGCAAAAGGAAACAAGCAGCACCUCAGGAAUGCGUGAGUCUGUUGAAACAAGUUUGCUUUUACAGCACAGAGCAAAGGAAGUAGUGCCAAAGAGGAUACUGCAAAUGGAAGAAGCCAUUAGAAACCGUGAUUUUGCAUCUUUUUCACAACUCACCUGUACCGAUAGCAACCAGUUUCAUGCAGUCUGUCUGGAUACGUCUCCCCCUAUAUUUUACAUGAAUGAUACAUCCCAUAGGAUAAUCAGCAUUGUUGAAAAGUGGAACCGUUCAGAAGAAGCUCCCCAGGUAGCUUAUACGUUUGAUGCAGGGCCAAACGCGGUUCUAAUUGCACGUAACAGGAAAGCUGCUACCCUUUUGAUUCAGAGGCUGCUUUACUACUUCCCUCCAAACUCGGAUGACCUCGACAGUUACAUUAUCGGUGACAAGUCACUUGCCAAAGACGCUGGGAUCAACGGAAUACAGGACAUAGAAGGUUUGCCAGCACCCCCAGAAAUUAAAGAUAAUAUUCCAUCACAAAAGUACAAAGGGGAUGUCAGUUACUUUAUAUGCACCAGACCAGGAAAGGGACCUGUUCUGCUUACUGAUGACAGUCAAGCUCUUCUCAACAUUGAAAAUGGACUUCCCAAAUAA